AUGGCAGCCUGGGUUCCCUGCCCCUCUUGUUGCCCCAACUGCUUCAUUUCGACGCUCUCGUCACAUCGAUCGAGCUCGCCAUACGCCCUCCACAACCUCCUCCCCGUCGGCACAGUCAUCAUAGACAUUCCAGUUGCUUCUCAGCACGACAUUUGCGAGCAUGCUCAUGUGGAAGAUGGAUGGCACGAAUUCCAAGCGCAGCAGGUAGUGCCGCAACUCUCGAACGCGGAGGACGUCGCGUUUUGUCGCGGUCUGGAGUUCCUCAUCAAGCAGCGAUUCAUCUCGUGUACAUGUCGAUGUACACCCGACAAUCGGAUGGCGCUGAGGGUGUAUCUUAUUCCAUACGAUCUUGCGAACGUUCAAGGAAAGCUUCGAAUACGCAAGGACAAUAUCCUGAGCCCAGCGAAACGAUAUUUGCGCGCACUUGUUCCAAAAAUAUCUCAAGAUAUCGGUAGAUGGAAUGGACUGAAGCCGGAGGGUGAGGAUAGGGAUUUCAUACCUCAAGUACAGGACCGUCGCACUUUAGCUGAAAUUUACAGUGAACUUGCAUCACCGAAGGUCACUCCCGCGCCCGAUUGCGGUGGAAUCUCGUAUCGACUUCUUGAUUUUGAAGACGACCUCGACGGCCUUGGAAUGCGCAGCACUCUUUACAAGUAUCAGCGACGCUCUGUAGCAGCAAUGCUGCAGAAAGAGCUGGACUUGCAAGAUGUUCCAGACCCGUUAUACACCCCCGUGAAGACUAUAGAAGGCAAACAAUUCUACCUGCAGCCUGGGACGAUGGAGGUCCUUCAGGAGUGCCCUGCAACUGUACCUUGUAGAGGUGGGAUACUGUGCGAGGAGCUAGGCACGGGCAAGACGGUCAUGAUGCUCAGCCUCAUCGUGGCCACUCGAAAUCAAAUAUCUUUACCUGAACCCUCUAUCGUCGACGACCGGCCCGUCUUGACACGUCUAGCCUUUCGACACUUUCCAUCCUCCGACUUCUCUACGGCUAGAAAACGCUUCUACUGUGACAGGGACCCCAGAUCCGGCGCCAGGGUACCGUCUCUCGUCGAACUCGUUUUGCACAAAGCUCGAGUAACGCCGAAUUGUAACAUCCCACGGAGUGUGCUCACGAAACGAUAUGCACACGAAUUACAAAAAGAGGACGAAGUUAGUGCCCUCCCCGUCGGCGAAGUCCUGCGAGCCAAUACCCCUUUUUAUCACCAUUACCUUGGAGAGCCCAGUAAUCGUGAACGAGCGCAAAGAAAAAGUCGUCAACGAGGCCCUAAGGUUAUGUAUCUUACCUCCGCUACCCUCGUCGUUGUGCCGGCCAAUUUGUUGAGCCAAUGGGAUCGAGAAAUUACGAAGCACUGUGCUGUUCCUCUCCAUGUCCUGAUUCUGAGGGCCAAUACGCCCAUGCCAUCUGUUAGAAGCCUUGCCACCGAUUAUGAUAUUAUAUUGAUGACCUAUAAUCGUUUCUCCAGAGAGUCAAAUGCCAACGAUGUAUCCAAGCUACAUACCGCCACUGCAUGCACCUGUCCAGAGUACCCUGGCUAUCGGGUACCGAAAUGUGAAUGCCAGCACCACUCUGUGUCUCCUUUCCUUCAGAUUAGGUGGAAGCGACUAGUGAUCGACGAAGGCCACGUUUCGGCAUCAUUGUCGACGAUCCUGGUGCCAUUCGCUAAGCUGUUGAGCGUCGAGAGACGAUGGAUCGUCACUGGGACGCCCACCACCAAUCUAUUGGGCUUGAGCCUCGGAAGCAAAGCGGUUGAGAAUGUUUGCACUGUGCUAGUUGAUGAAGGCAAUGACGAGGCAGAUGCAGUGUCGAGCUCACAGCGAGCCUCUCCGUCAUGCCCUCCAUCUCGAUCACCAUCAGCAACACCAGCACCCACCUCGGCCCACGACGUUACUAUUUCCGCUUCCUCUUCACCUCCACCAUGUGCAAAACGCAUCUGGACGAAGUAUGAUCGCGAAGACCUUAACAAACUCGGUAACAUGAUAAGCCACUUCAUCGCCGUUCCCCAAUUCACCUCCGACCCCAAACUUAUCGCCUCACACGUUAUUGAACCACUCCUCGAUCAUUCCGGACCCCGUCGCGGCUCCAUACAGGUGCUGAAUCAGGUUAUGGAGAGCGUGAUGAUAAGACACCGGGUGGAAGAUGUUGAAAGGGACGUAGUACUGCCGCCUGUGAGCACGGAAUCAGUUCUUUUAGAUUUGGACAGUCUUUCCAUCAAAAGUUUCAAUGCUCUUCAGGCAGUUAUUGCCAUUAACGCCAUCGAUUCAGAGAGGACUGACCAGGAUUAUAUGUUUCACCCUCGAAACGCAGAUGCCCUGCAAGAGACCGUCAAGAACUUGUCACAGAUCUUAUUCUGGCAUGUCGACUCCGACUUGUACAACGCACGGUACCUCGUAUCUCAUGCCGAUGCCAACAUCAAGAGAGCUAUUGAACGGAACAUGCCUCAGGAGGACAUCGAACUUUUGAGGGAAGCCUUGCGGCACCUCAAAACUGCUCUGGAUGACCCUCUCUGGCGAGCAAUACAAAAUCACGAAGACGUGCCAUACCGCGUGUACAACUUCCAGGAUAGAGUAUUCGAUAUAUGGACACGGACUGGCGGCCGCGAACCUUAUUGGCCACCUGAACUGACGGGAUUCCUGCACGCCGACAGACUCUUAAAGUUAUAUGACAUGAUCUUGCAGAAACCUUUGAUAGGGCCCGAAGGCAUGGUCGAGUGGGGCAAAGCCGUCGUAGCACGCGAUCUGGCAUUUCGCAGGGCAUUUGAAGAGGCCCAGAGGAGGAAGGAAGGGCGGAGUGGAAGUCCGAGGAAGAAGAGUGGGAACAAAGAUACUGGCGAACAGGCUUCGUCUACCACAACAGAAAGCUUGAUGGUCGACACGUUCGCCAAGAAGGCAUCCGCUGCAGAGACAUUGCGAGAGAUGCAAAAAGAGCUGGAGGCGACGAUGGCUAGACUCGCGAAGGAGGACGAGGAAGGUAUGGACGGAGACGAAAGCCUGACUCCAGGGCAAGAGCUUGAGGCCUCUUCAAGUCAGGUUGGUGUACAUGCGCAAGCGCAAAUCAGAGGUCCAUCGCGCCUGGCGGCCUCUUCUCCACUUGCGAAGGUGCGGAUCGGGUCAUCGGCGUCAAGUAAACUGAACUACAUUAUCAGCGAGGUCCAGAAAUACUCCUCGACUGAGAAAUUUCUUAUCUUUUCUGAGUCACCACUCUCGCUAGCCCACGUCGCCGAAGCUCUGGAGCUCAUUCAGGUUAAGUUUCUCCGGUUUACGACGCAGGUUACGCCCCAGUUCCGCGAGCAGCUUGUGUUGACUUUCGAGACCUCGGAAACGUAUCGCGUGUUCUUGAUGGAGCUGAAGCAUGGUGCUCGUGGUUUAAAUUUAAUAUCCGCUUCAAGAGUAAUUUUCUGUGAGCCCGUGUGGCAAGCUGACGUUGAGAGCCAGGCGAUCAAGCGGGCACACCGUAUUGGUCAAACUAAACCCAUAACAGUCAAAACCCUCGCGAUUCGAGAAACGGCCGAGGAAAAUAUGGUACAAAGGCGAGCCAUUCUGAGGAACAGUCAAGAAAAAAUGCCGAAACUGCUCGAAGAGGCUGGCAUGAGGCAUUACAUCGCUAACCCGAAGUUCAUCACACAUCCGCCUACGGUGGCGUCAAAUAUCGACUUCCCAUUAAUCCAACUUCCUCCGGAGGUUUCUCUGCCGCAGCCUGGAGCGAUCAUGCUGAGAAUACCCGCUUUACCAAAAGCUUCGCCAUCACCUUCAAGCAAACGUGUACGAGUUGAGGACCCAGUCUCAGCUGGUUCCAGCGACGCAGUACACCAGGUCGAUACGCAGGAAGGCUCUCCGCUUAAGAAAAAGAGGACCAUCCGCUUCAAGUCCCCUUGA